AUCCCAUCCCAUGGAUUCUCUCAAGAUACUCACAACCCUCACGAUGGUCUUUUGGCUUCCAGGCGGAUGCUACGCCAGUUCUGAUGGUUCCUGGUGUUACAUGGAGCCACACUGUGGUCCUAAAACCUGGAUAUCCCUUGGUCAUUGCAACGGCAAGAGACAGUCACCCAUCAACAUUAUUCAGAGAGAAGCUUCCCACAACCCCAGUCUGGGUCCUGUGGAUCUUGUGGGUUAUGACAGCAACAAAAAGCUGCUGGAAAUCAGAAACAAUGGGAAAACAGUUGACGUAUCCCUGGAAGAUGGUCUUCACCUCGCUGGUUUUGGCCUUCCCGCCCGAUAUACAGCCAAAUCCUUUCACCUUCACUGGGGAGACGGCGCCUCGCAACCCGGCUCGGAGCAUCAGAUUGAUGGCAAACAAUAUUCGAUGGAG